AUGGAUCAAAAACUUCAAGAGAGUCACUGUACCCUUGGAGACGUUGGCGUAUUCAACUCAGAUGGAGGUUUCGAUGUCUUUUUCAACAUAUUUAUGACUAUGGAGGAGAACCUGGCUAUGGACUACGAUCCACCUAGCACGUUUGUACCUCUUGAACUAACCUCUACAUCCUCGCUAAAUGCUCAAAGACCAACCCCACAAGGCGAAGGUUUCUAUUUUAGCAACAACUUUACGCUAGAUAAAGAGACGGGGGAGUCUGUAUGCACAUUUGAGUCGAUCAAAGCACCGGAAAAACCAGGAGGUGCAAUACUAGUCCUUCCGGAAGGUUGCACAAAGCAGUUCAUGACUCGCUUUGUUAAGGAUAAAAUUGAGGCUUAUCUGGGAAUCUAUGCAGAAUCCUGGUAUGACCCAGAAAAUUAUUCAAACAAACUGCGCGCUCUUCCCAACGGAUCAUUACAGCUGAUACGAACCUGCUACCGAUCCAAUUCGUGGGUGGCAGCGGUGCUACCCACAAGGCGUUACAUGCCCGGCAUGUCGUAUGCAAGACUCAGACGGUCUGCCACAAACCCUCGAUGCUAUGAAUGGGACGACAAUUAUAGAAAAUCAAUUAUAAUCAAUACUGGGUCUUCAAAAAUGGAUGCACAGGACUUGCAGCGCACGAUUGCGGUGGAAGUAUAUUCAAUAUACCACUAUGGGCCCCAAAUUAAGCUUAUAUCAUCUCGAACCUCGACUUCCUCCCGCCGCUCAAGGAUCGCUCAAUCCUUUUCAACCAUCACCCAAUUAAUACGAAGAACUGGUUCGUAG